GGAAAGUGUAUCCACCAGAAGUACCUCAUAGGAUUACGAAUAUAACAAUUAACUUAGUUAAGCUCAUUAAUUACCCUAUUAGAAUACCUAUACAUCUGCUAUUAUAGUGUAGAAUUAGGUAUUUAUAUUAGACAAUUUACACACCCAAGUAAAUCAAAUUCCAAUACAGUCUAGAUGAUCAAAUUGUCUGCUAAAGGGAGUAAUCCAGAAGAAGAUUAAAUGGAUAAAUUAGAGUAAAUACUCAUUCAACUCAAAGUACCAUACAAAAUUAACAAUGAAAUCAGGACUUUCGCUUUAGAUGAUUCUCAUUAUAAACAAUCGUAAGAUAAAAUCUAAGAGUUAUUCUUCAAGCCACAUAAAGAUGGAGAGUCACUGCUUUAAAUUUUACUUUCUGAAGAUUGA